UUCCUCCGACUUGAUCGAGUUCACUAGUUUCCCAGACUAACUAAACUACCCAUCAGCCGUUCUCCGUGCACUCAGGAGACAUGGGGCAGCGGAGUCACCGAGGAGGGGACUCAGUUCCACGUCGUAUAAACAACUUUUAGCUCAACAAAUUAACAGGAGCGUCCAUUUUAUUUACUCGAAACUCUUAUUUUGUUUCUUUAACACCGAGAAGGGACCGGAAGAGAGAGACGAUAAAUGACAUCGGUGUGUUUUUGAUACCUGGGGCAACGUGUGCCACACCUUCAUUUAGCACGACAGCUCCACCAACACCACCGGCCAAAUGGGGUGCCAAUGCUGCCGGAUGAUAAAGAGCUACAUCUACGACCCCUCCGUGGCGGUGGAGGAGAGGAAGGCCGACUCUUCGGGGAACUCCCUCUACCAGUCCCACCACCCAACAGCAGGGGGCCUCAGCAAACAGAAGCAGGGCCUCCACAACCUGGGCUACAGCCGGUCCAACGACAGCACGCUAAAACUGGAGUUUGACAACAACCAAGUCAACCACAGGCUGCACGCCGUAGGGAGCGCUCCCCCCGUGGAGGCGGGGCCAUACAUCAUACAACCCGAGGUGCGAUGGGAAGACAGGGGGUCGAGCCAGGUGCCGAUCUACCCCAGCAUACAAGAGUACGAGCGUCAGAGGAGCUGCGCAGAGACGCAAAGGAAUGGGUGGGACUCCUCCAUCAGCCCCACGGGGAAGAGUGGAGGCAGGAGCUCUUCGGUCGACGAGAUAGACGAGGGCGUGGGCGGGACUCCGGAGUACAUGGGAGACACGGGAGACGAAGGGAGCGUCUUAUCCGUGGACAUCCACACCAGCACCACCAGCUUGUCUUCGGCCGGCACGCGGGACGGCCUCACUCCGCCAAAGACUUCAGACGUUUCCACCGAGGAGAGCGGGAUUUCAGUCACCAAAAGCGAGGAUGAGGAGGAGGUCCGACACGAGAAGGAGGAGGUGCAGAGCGUCACUGACUCCAUGGUGGCUGAAGCUCUGGCUGCGUUGGAAGCAGCCACAGCUGGAGAGGACUCCGAGUAGCAGGAAAACUUGACUCAAAAUUGAAGCCGGAGAAAAUGAAGAAAUGCUUUUAGACAGAUUUAUUUUGGAACUAUUUUUAUAAAUGUGAAAGAACAUCACGUCUACUUUCUUAUGAAGAGCUCUUCCAUUCCAAAGGCUUGAAUAAAGACUGAGGAGACACCAGUGUGGACUGAAAAGCCCCUGUGGCUGUUUUACACUGUGUGCUCAACACUCCACAGUCCUGAAAACCACCAAUGUGCUCAAACUCACCACAGAGGGUUUCCUUCAAAUCAUUUGAAUCCACAUUUGUGGACGAUUGGAGGAGACACUUCUCUACAUAUCCUUUCAUUCUGAUUUCAACGGAAACCAAAUCAGCCCUCAAACAUUUUUAAAAUAAUGCUUUGUAAGUGUUUCUCUGCAACAUUGAUUUUAGUUUCGCUUCAUAACUGACCUUUUACCGCCAGAGCUCCACAAAGGUCAGCAGUGGAGAGCUUCGGUUCUCGUCUUUUUCCCCCUCCUGUAGGUCAAACCUUGUGUUUCCCGUCUGGUCGGUGACAUUAGUUCAGUGCCUAAUAAUGAACUAAUUGAGGCUAGGAAGACAUAAUUAUGAGAACGAGUGAAAGAAAUGAUCUGUUUAAUUAAUGAAGUUCAACUUCAGUUUCACAGCGAGUGCCCUUUCCCGCUUGUUCUCCCGCCAAAUCUUUUCCACUCAAUGUAUUUGUGUUGAGAAAGUUAAUACAAGUGCAAUAAAAGUUGUGUGUAAUCAUUUA